AUGCAGGAGCAACAGCUAAUGGUUGCCCUUUGCAUCCAUCCCCUCAGCAGAGCCGAGGUGGAGGAAGGAGCUGCACUGGCUGCACACAGGGAGAGUGAGCAGAGGCUGGUCCUGAUGGAUCCAAAUGAAGAUCCAGAUGACAUCCUGAGAGCUAACAGAUCCAGAGAAAAAUCGUUUGUCUUUGACAUGGUUUUUGAUCACACCCAGGAGGAAGUAUAUGUGUCCACGACCAGAAGCCUCAUAGAAGGAGUAAUUUCUGGCUACAAUGCAACCAUUUUUGCAUAUGGUCCAACAGGAGCAGGAAAAACCUACACAAUGCUGGGGACAGACUGUGAACCAGGGAUUUAUGUCCGUGCUCUGGAUGAUCUCUUCAAGGCCCUUGAAGCCACCACUGAGGAGAUGGAUUACACAGUCUCCAUGUCCUACCUGGAGAUCUAUAAUGAAGUGAUCUGUGACCUCCUGAACCCAUCCUCGGGGUUCUUAGACCUGAGAGAGGACUCCAGAGGCAGCAUCCAGAUAGCAGGAAUUACAGAAGUCUCUGCUACAAAGGCCCAGGAGAUCAUGCAGCUGUUGAUGGAAGGCAACAAGCAGCACAGCCAGGAGCCCAGUGCAGCCAACAGGACAUCCUCCCGCUCGCACGCAGCGCUGCAGGUGACGGUGACGCAGAAGAGCUGGAGGAAGGAGACUGGGGAGGAAGUGCGAAUUGGGAAACUCUUCAUGGUUGACUUGGCAGGGUCAGAGAGAGCAGCUCAGACUCAGAACCAGGGCAAGAGGAUGAAGGAAGGAGCUCACAUCAACCGCUCACUGCUGGCUCUGGGCAACUGCAUCAACACCUUGAGCGAGAAGGGAAGGAGCCAAGCCCAGUACGUCAACUCCUGAGACAGCAAACUCACUCGCCUGCUGAAGGACUCCUUAGGGGGCAACAGCAGGACUGUUAUGAUUGCACACAUCAGCCCAGCCAGUUCCUCCUUUGAAGAAUCUCAAAUGACCUUGAUCUAUGCCUAUCGAGCAAAAAACAUCAAGACACAGGUAAAAUAUAACCUGAGGAAUGUCUCCUGCCACAUUGACCAACACACCAGCAUCAUUGCAGAGCUCUGCAGGGAGAUCGAGCAGCUGAAGGGGAGGGUUGAGGACCAGGAGAAGGAGAGAAGUGCAGUCAGCCCCAACCUUGAUAUUCUGCAAGAGAGGGACCAGGACUCUGAGGCACACAGCAGCCAAGAAAUGAACACAUUGCAGGCACAGUGGAUCGAGGCUUUCAGGGAGCAAAUGGAGAUGUGUCAUAGCCUGAUGGAGCUGGAAAACACCAACACUGAGCUGCACAUGGUCACCUGCAGGCACCUCCUAACAAUCACAGA